AGUUUAAAAUUUCCGGAGGACUUCUUUUUUUCAUCGUCUGCGUUGUGGUUGUAUUUUGGAGCAGCUUUCCGUUGCUAAGAAAAUCCACAACUUUUGAAGAUACUUCGUGUAAAGACGUAGUCUCCAAGACACCGGAAGUGGAUCUUGUUCUAAUUAAAGGGUACAUGCGCGGUGGGACUACUUUUCUUUCCGAUAUCCUGCAGCAGCACGCGGAUGCCGUAUACUUCCAUGAACCGAUUUACCUACUCCAAUGGCUAAACAUGACAGCGAAUAUGCAAGAAGUUGAAUAUUUAUUGAACUGCCAUUUUUAUCAGUUGAAUCGCGAUGUCUUCUAUUCGUUAGCCAGAGAUCUUAGAAUCAGUCGAAAGACACAGAACUUUUCUCGCUGCAUGAAGCAAGCGUUUGGUAACGAGCACGCUUUAGACUGGUGCCUGCCGCUUCUUGCAAGCGUUUGCAACCAGUCGUCUCUACGAAUCGUCAAAGAGCUUCGGCUGCACAACAACGACACGGAACUCCUUCUUCGAAAAUACCCCACGUUCAGACUAAUCCAUUUGGUCAGAGACCCGAGAGCUGUGUUCUUUUCGCGGUUAGAGUUGAGGAGGUCCUAUAAGAUCCAACAAAAUGGGAUCGAGGAAAGCGAGUUGUGCGCCCUUAUGUUAAGCGACAUGGUCGAUUCGGUUCGUCUGCAGGCUCUCUAUCCAAACAGAGUCAAAUAUAUUCAGUAUGAAACACUUGCCAAACAUACCAUUAAUCAGACACACGAUCUCUACAAGUUCUUAAACCGAUCACCCACGGCGGACAUUUUAACCUACGUCAGAAGUAUUACGUCACAGACGAAUGUAAAAGUGCGAAAAGCACAUCGGUUUUUGACACGGCGGUCGAAUUCGUCCAGCGUUGUAGAUCGUUGGAGGGUGAGUGCUAAUUAUCAAAGAGUUAAGGUCAUAGACGAUAUAUGUAAACAUGUUUACAGUCGCCUUGGUUACAGGGCCAUCGACAAUGAGACUAUGUUGAGGGAUGUAAAAAUACCUUUGACGAUACCGAUAGAAAGAUAGCCCCAGUCCCUAUGAUCUACUUUUCAUGA